GCACGUAUGUGCGUGGCGCGUUGACGUGUUACGCGAGGUGUACGUGGCAGUGACGUAGUUCCCGGCCGGUGGGGUCUAGGUUGCAACGACCAAAGCUAGAUUCGCGUCUCGCACCAGGUUAUGAGCCUCAAUGACUACGAGAAAACGCCACGGCUCUAAGAACACGCAUCAGGGCGUUUAUCUGGGACCUUCGCAGACACAGGAGCUGUCCCCAUCUGCUACCACAACUGUUGCCUCAUCCCUGCCCUUUCCGGACACCAUGUCGUGCCGCGAUCGCACCCAGGAGUUCCUCUCUGCCUGCAAGUCCUUGCAGAGCAGACAGAAUGGGCUGCAGCCGAACAAACCAACCCUGAAUGCCAUGCGCCAGAGGAGUGAAUUCACUGUCAUAGCCAAGCGCAUCGGCAAAGAUCUCAGCAACACUUUUGCCAAGCUGGAGAAGCUGACCAUCUUGGCCAAACGGAAGUCCCUGUUUGAUGACAAGGCAGUGGAGAUAGAGGAGCUGACAUAUAUCAUUAAACAGGACAUCAACAGCCUGAACAAGCAGAUUGCCCAGCUGCAGGAGUUUGUGCGGGCCAAGGGCAGCCAGAGUGGGCGGCAUGUGCAGACUCACUCCAACACCAUCGUGGUGUCGUUGCAGUCCAAACUGGCCUCAAUGUCCAAUGAUUUCAAGUCAGUGCUGGAGGUGAGAACAGAGAACCUGAAACAGCAGCGGAGCCGACGUGAGCACUUCUCCCGCACCCCGAUGUCCACCCUGCCCCUUGCUGCCGGUAAUUUGGGUGGCUCUGCAAUGCUGCAGGAUGAGCCCCGGCGGGCAGGGGAUGUAGCCAUUGACAUGGACAGCCGGACAAACCAACAACUGCAGCUGAUCGAUGAACAGGAUUCAUAUAUCCAGAGCCGGGCAGACACCAUGCAAAACAUUGAAUCCACCAUUGUGGAGCUGGGCUCCAUCUUCCAGCAGCUGGCACACAUGGUGAAGGAGCAAGAGGAGACCAUCCAGAGGAUUGAUGCCAACGUGGAGGACGCCCAGCUUAAUGUGGAGGCCGCGCACUCCGAGAUCCUCAAAUACUUCCAGUCAGUUACCUCCAACCGCUGGCUCAUGGUCAAGAUCUUCCUCAUCCUUAUUGUCUUCUUCAUCAUCUUUGUGGUGUUCCUGGCCUGAGCUGUCCUCUUGCACCUGCCCUCCCACAGCACCUGGAGCCCCUUCCCUCUCUUUGGCAGAGCCACUUGUGGACAUUUGUGCGCCAGACUUAGUUUUCUCCCAGGUGGGGCAGCCUGGUGCCAGAGGGAUUCUCGGUCCUCAUGCUGUGACCCGUGGACUCAGUUACUGCGCUGGGAACUCCCAAGACUGAGGGGGGGCAAGCAGGUGCUUUGGUUCCCCUAUAUGAGCGCGCCAGGACCAUGCAGCAAAGGGCGCUGACUGUGGGGUGCUGACAUCCACGGUGGAGUAGCCUCUGGAGCUGGGACUCUCGCCAGAGCCCACCUCACCUCCUCAUAUGGGGCUACCCCUCCCCCUAUCCUGUGUGGGGGCUCACCAGCUGUCUACAGCCAGGACCAACUGUCCCCUAGUAAUUUCCAGGUGUGUGUGGGGAAGAGGUUGCCCCCAGACGUGCCUUUGCCAGCCCUGUGGGGUAUUUGGCUGAGUGAUGGGUUAGCCUUGUGCCUCCCACUCCCAGUUUUAUUUUGUGUAUUUAAGUUUCCCUUCUCCCAUAUCUAUGGGGCUGCCCUAAGCACAGAGCCACCCACUCUGCACCCCACCCUGGCCAUGUUGGUGCCACAGAAGCUGGGGUGGGCCUUGCCUGUUGGAUAGGUGUCUGUAAGGCUCUCAGUGCUGAGGGAGAGGUGGGUGUGUCUUUCUCGCCCCCUCCCCCAGACCCUUGCUGUUGCUCUGUUGCCUAAAGAGCACCACUGACUGGCCUUCCCAAGACUCUCCUGUGGCUGCAGGUGCUCUGAGUGCUGUGCUGAGAGCCCCUGGGGUGGGAGGGGAGCAGCACUGGGCUCUUUGUACCUGAGCUGUGGUUGUGCAGAGGGCAUCAGAACUCAGUCACCUCCACUGUGCUCUCAGCAGGAUCUGUGUGCACCACCUUCCUGUAAGAUCAUAGGAGGUGGCAGGCCAUGGUGCCCCCCUCUCUGUGAUCCUGCUAAACUCCACCCCCUUAUGUGAUGUUGCCCCUUACAACAGCAGAAUGGUGGAGGGAGGGCAGGGGCCUUAUUCCUCCCUUGUGCUGGCACUCUCACACUGUGCCCCAUUCAACGGUUGAUGUAAGCCCUGGCCUAGCCCAGGGCCUUAAGGCCCUGAUCAUGGUGAGAUGACCACUGGGUGUGAGCCUGCUAUGACCUUAGCCCUUCUCCCCCCAGGAUUCUUUCCCAUAAUCAUCUGGUCUUAACAUUCCAAUGUGGGUGCUGCCCAUUCUAGCUAAUAAGAGCUUCUUUGCAGUCAUGUGAUGGGCACAGGCCUAUGUCCAGUGGAGAAGAGGAGGGGUCUGAUUUGCCCCUCCCUAGUUGGGAGGGGUAGGUGUAGAGUCAGUCUGGAAACAAAUUAAAGCUUGACUGUAACCCA